AUGCUGUGCCUCAAGCAGCCCGAUAAGAGACAUCGUGUCCAGCCUCGCGCGCUUCCUGCAAGCCGAUCGUCCGGUGUUCAGUCUCCAUCGAAGCCGCGGAGCCUUGCAAAGUUCAAGCCGAGAGCACCCAAAGCAGUGCGAUCAUCCCCAGCGCAAAAAUCAAAGACACCUCCAUUUCUGCCGCCUCUUGAGCCGUCAAUUUGGAAGCCUGUGCCAGUUGCGCAGGAGGAGGUCGAUCAGGCACUUCUGGUGGAUGGAGGGAGCCCGCUCGAGCUGCGUCAAAUUGCUGAGAAGGUGUGGGCGGGCCAGAGUGCGUGCUUCACACGACGCUGGAAGGACUUGCUGGAGGUCAGAAAGGCAUUGAAUGUCGUUGCCACGGAGCACUUAGCAAGUCUUCAAGACGCAGCGGAGGCUCACCGAGAGCGGCGGCGGCUGCUGCGUAAUUGUGCAAGAAGGCUCUUUGCUGAGGUUUCCAGUUCUGGUGAGCUGCAACCUGCUGGAGGUCCACCGCUGGGCUACGUGCCUGUGCUGUACGAAGAUGCUGCCAAACUCUACUUCCGCGCAAACGACAUCACUGCCCUGAACGUUGCCUGGCAGUUCUUCCUAAACGGCUUGGAGUACAGCUUCCUGCCCAACAAGCUGCAUCCCUUUUUCGGAGUCUACUUCACUCUGUCUCCUGUGGAGCACUUUCAGCUGCUACGGGAUUGGUUGGAGAAGCUGAAGCCAGCCAAUUCUUGGCACGUCCUGGAUUUGGGCACUGGAUGUGGUGUGAUCACAUUCAUCUUGCGCAGCAUGUACUCAGACAUGACUGUCACUGCCUCCGACCUUUGCCCAAACGCUGUUUUUUCGGUCCGGGCAGAACUGCAACGUUGGGGCGUUCAGGGAGUCAAAGUGGUGCAGAGCGACCUCUUUGCUAAGCUCGAGGAAGAGGGUCCCUUUGACUUGAUCAUCUUCAAUCCACCUUGGGUGCCCAGGGCCCCAGAGGUCCAGCCCAGUGCAGGCGACGUGGUCUUUGGCAACGAUUACCCCGCAGACCUCUUUGACAGGCUCUUUGCUGAAGCACCUGCAGCUCUGCGCCCAGGUGGGCAUCUAGCAAUUCUAUUCUCAAACUAUGCAGAAUCGCGCGGGCUUGUGAGCCAGUCGCCAUUGAAGGCUUGCGAGAAGGCAGCAGAUCAGCUGGAGCUCCUUGAAGUCCAUGAACGAAACGUUCCAGUAAAGGACAGGAGCAGGCAUAGGCAAACGCGCCGAGACAAGGCCUGGGCCUUCAAACAGGAUCAUCGAGUCGAGCUCUGGCACUUCGUGAGACGCUAG